GCGAGACCAGCGAGAGCACCCGGUGGCAUGUCCUUGCGGCUCCACUUUCGCUCCAUCAAGCCGCUGCCCACCAGCAUCAAUCCGCCAGCCUGUCCCUGUUGCUGUCCCCCUGCUCAGGCCCGAUGGCUGCCGAAGACUCUUCAUACGUGAUUCGCCCGAACUUUAAGCAAAAGUUCAGACCCGCUAUCGUCACCCGGCUUAUCCACUCCAUCCUGGUCGAUCGGCUUACGGGCAUCGUCUACCAUCCAGACUCGUGCUCUCAGCUGAGCCGAGAGAUCGCCGACGAAAUCAAGAACAAGCUCAAGGAGCUUGACUUGUCCAGAUACAAGUUUGUUGUCAAUGUCGUUAUCGGAGAGAUGAGAGGCGAAGGCGUAAGGAUGGGAUGUCGCUGUUUUUGGGACGCCGACACCGACAACCUUGCCCAGGAUGUGUUCAUGAACGAUUCGCUAUUCUGCGUUGCCGUAGCGCAUGGAGUUUACUACUACUAGAUCCGAAGGGUGCAUCGUCGGCGCGUUUUGUCGCCUCUGCCAAUCGGCCUUUCGUUGCUGCUGCUGCAUCCACGCCAUCGACACCCGGACUCGCUGUCGGGACUUGGGCAGCCCAUCCAAGACCGAUCUGGCUGCCUGUGCUCCACUCCUUUUCUGUCUGGUGCACUCGCCCGAAAAAGAAAAAAAAUGCUCGCUGGAUAUUCGACUGGCUCUGCUGCCGCCAACUCGCUG